AUGGUUCCGUCCACUUCGUACGGAGCCCCUUCGUCGUCUUACAGUGCUCCAGCAACUGGAGGAGGGGGAGGUGGACAUGUAGGAGGAGGAGGUUAUGGUGGAGGAGGAGGAGUGGACAUAGGGGUAGGAAGGAGGUUUGGUGGAGGAGGAGGAGGAGGAAGUGGACAUGUAGGAGGAGGGGGAGGCUAUGGUGGAGGAGGAGGUGGACAUGGAGGAGGUGGAGGGUCUGGAGGAGGAAGUUAUAGUGUAGGGGGAGGAGGCGGAAGUGGGCAUGUAGGAGGUGGAGGUCAUGGAGGAGCUGGAGGAGGAGGUUAUAGUGGAGGGGGAGGAGGAGGAGGUCAUGGAGGAGCUGGGAGGGAGGGAGGAUAG